ACAUCGCCGUCUGCGCACGAGCGCUCUCGCUAGCAUCGCGCCCCGCGUAUAUAUACAGGUCGCAUCGGCGGCGCGAGCUAAUAGAGGAUUUUCGGGGAGCUAAACAUGCAGCAGGGAUUGGCCGCGCUCCUGCUCCUGGUAGCGACGGCGGCGUGCGCGUGCGCGUCCCCGGCCGCCUCGGCGUUCGCGGGAGACGUCCGCGUCGCGCUGAAGCACGUCGACGCCGGGAAGCGGCUGUCCAGGCCCGAGCUCAUCCGGCGCGCCGCGCAGCGGAGCAAGGCGAGGGCGGCCGCGCUCUCCGCGGUGCGGAGCCGCGGCGGCCGCUUCUCCGGCGCGAGCGAGCAGCGGGAGGCGUCCCGCGGCACGCCGGUGCGCCCGUCGGGGGACCUCGAGUACGUCGUCGACCUCGCCAUCGGCACGCCGCCGCAGCACGUGUCGGCGCUGCUCGACACCGGCAGCGACCUCAUCUGGACGCAGUGCGCGCCGUGCACCAGCUGCCUCGCGCAGCCGGACCCGGUGUUCGCGCCGGCCCAGUCGGCGUCGUACGAGCCCAUGCGGUGCGCCGGCCCGCUCUGCUCCGACAUCCUGCGCCACGGCUGCCUGAGGCCCGACACGUGCACCUACCGGUACAACUACGGCGACGGGACGACGACCAUGGGCGUCUACGCCACGGAGCGCUUCACCUUCACGUCGUCGUCCGGCGACGUGCUGGACGUGCCGCUCGGGUUCGGGUGCGGCUCCCUGAACGUCGGCAGCCUGAACAACGGCUCCGGCAUCGUGGGCUUCGGCCGGAACCCGCUCUCGCUAGUGUCCCAGCUCAACAUCCGCCGCUUCUCCUACUGCCUCACUCCCUACGCCAGCGGCAGGAGGAGCACCCUCCUGUUCGGGUCCCUGGCCGACGGCGUCUACGGCGACGCCACCGGCCCCGUGCAGACCACGCCGCUCCUGCAGAGCCCCCAGAACCCGACCUUCUACUACGUCCACCUCACGGGCCUGACCGUGGGCGCAAGGCGGCUGCGGAUACCGGAGUCGGCGUUCGCGCUCCAGCCCGACGGCUCGGGCGGUGUGAUCGUCGACUCCGGCACGGCGCUCACGCUGCUCCCGGGCGCGGUGCUCGCGGAGGUGGUGCGGGCGUUCCGGGUGCAUCUGAGGCUGCCGUUCGCGAACGGAAGCAGCCCCGACGAUGGGGUGUGCUUCAUGGUGCCGGAGGCCUGGCGGAGGGCGUCGUCGACGACGUCGCAGGUGCCGGUCCCGAGGAUGGUCUUCCACUUCCAGGGCGCGGACCUCGACCUGCCGCGGCGCAACUACGUCCUGGACGACCACAGGAGGAGCCGCCUGUGCCUCCUCCUGGCGGACUCCGGCGACGACGGCUCGACGAUCGGCAACCUGGUGCAGCAGGACAUGCGCGUGCUCUACGAUUUGCAGGCCGAGACCUUGUCGUUCGCUCCGGCGCAGUGCUGACGCGCGACAAAGUAGAAGGCCGGGGGAGUUGACCAUGCAAAUGCAAGUCAGCCCAUACUGGGCUGCACGCAUAAGGGCUGUAGUAAUAACUGGGUAGCCAGUGGCCCACUGGACUUGAAGUUGGGCCAGUUGAUAAGCCCAUGAUUAAGAUUUCUGUAUUCAGAAGGAAAAAGUCUACUUUACUUCCUUCAACUAUCGCAAAAAUAUGAUUUUCCUCCUUCAACUACAAAA